AUUUGUAAUGUCAGUCAUUCAUGAAAGAUUGUCAAAAAAUUUGGAAAAAUGCAAAAUAUUUGGAAUUUUGCAGUUAUUUCACAAAAUAGGGCAUCUGAUGUGCUAAUUAGAUUGAUUGGAGAACAAUUGUGAUGUAAACGCAUGUAUAAUUCCAGUGCUAACUACCAGCAUUGUGGAAUACUUUUAUUCUGACGAAUAAAAAACCUCUGGACAAGAGCAAAUCCGAUAUCAAUUACAUUCUAAAUAAUUACUUAAUAAUGAUGUUUGGAAGGCCUAGAUGCCGUGAAUGGACCCCUUUGGCGACACAGCAGCUGCGGUUGAGGAGUUUGAUCCAGAUUGUGGGCUACAACAUCCGUCCGCCGGAGCAGUGUUCCUCGCCAUGCAGCUUCUAUCUGACGCUGCAUCACACCACCAUGUCGGCACCGUUCUUCACCAGCGAGAAGAUCUCAUCACCACACCCCAAGUGGAAGGAAAUUGAUUCUGAAAUAACCCAAUGCAUGUCAUCAUCAAAUGUGGUCAUUCGAAUCUGGUGCCACAUUCUGCAACCUUCAGAAGUGAAAGACAAACCCCAAGACACCAUCAUUGAGACAUGGGGGACCUAUUUCAGUGGUCUACGCUACAUCGGUCCAAACCUAGCCCUGAAUUUCACUUCAGACUGCUUUAAAUCUAACACUUUGGUAUUCCAAAUGCACGGAGGCUAUUUUUGUUCAUACAAAAGUCUGAAACUAGAUAUCAUUCCACCGGAGAACGAGCUGGAACACGGCUCGUUCUCAUCAAACUCCUCAAAUGAGACAAAUAAAUCUAACAAAAUUACGAUAGAGUCAAAGUUUAUUCAGAGUCAACGGAUGCAGUCUAGAUCGGUAUCACCUAGCAAGUAUUCAAGGAAAGAUGAGUAUUCUAAAAGCCAAAGUCCGAGCGAUAGAGGAUUCCAACAAAUGUUGCCCAAAAUGAGAUCCCUCAACAAUUUGAGUGCCACUCAAAAUACUCGAGACAGAAGAAAAGAGGACCGUGAAUGUAGAACAAGCGAUUCGAGCCAAAUAUACGUGCACUCACCUGAUAAUUUGCAUGUCAAAGAAUUCACGAUGACUGAUAAACACUGUGAUAGAUCGAAGAACUCGUCUAAAGAAGACCUGUCAGGGAGUAAAGUAGACUUGAGUGAGACAGCAGAGAACUACGAUUUACGGAACGAAUCCGAUUGGGUUCCAAAAUAUCGGUAUUUAGCUAUAAACUUCUUGAAGUCAGAAAUACGGCCAGCUUACAACGUAACUAAGCUGCAAAAGCUGCAUUUACUCCAAUACUCGAUAAAGAAAAGACAGGAAGCGGUGCAAGAGAUAAAAGAGAGAAUUUACAAAAAGUCUGCGUUGUCCAACCUUGAUCAGUUGAACGAAAAAUGUGAUAGAGUGAAGUUUAAAAGUAAAUCGCAAAGGAAUUUGUUCUCGCUAGAAGAUGAUGAGGAAGAUGCUUUAAGUGAUAAGUCUGCCUCUCAAACGGAUCUGAGCAAGAAUGGAAGGAUAAAAGCUGAAGAGAAAGUACCUGUAAAUAAUGGACCUAGACUUACGUUGAAAUUGAAUGAUCUCCUAUCUUUUAAGUCAAAACCGUCGCCGUUCCAACGGUCCGAACACAUAAGGUUGACGAAACAGCUGGAAAUACUCAGGUUCAAGAGGAUAAUUCUAGCGGACGAGAGAGAUAGAAAGCUGGCGAACAUAAGAAGACUGAAAGAGAUAUACAAUAAGAUUUUAGAAGAGAAUCAGGAUGUUGGCACGGAGUUAAUGCGCGACUACCACGCCCUCUCGCGCCAGACUGAGUUACUACGUGAGUCUAGGCAGUCCGCGUCAGCACUGAAGGGUCUAGCGGCUAGAUCUCACGCUGAGCUGUUGGCUAAACGGUCUCAGCUUUUGGAGCAAUUGGAGACGUGGAUUUUUCCUAUUGAACAGAAAACCCCGUCAUCCGACUGGACAAUCUGCUCCAUACCUCUUCCUGUCAGCGGGGACGACUCACGAACUGCACUAAGACCCCACGAGUGUACCUCGCUGUGCCUGGUGUCGCAGGCGGCGGCCGUGGCGGCGGGUGUACUGCAGCAGCCGCUGAGAUACAGUACCGCGCCGCAUCGGUAUAUUGUGGACGUCAGUUCCGCCAUAAUACCCCUACACGUGAAGGGAGGCGACGUGACCCUAUUCCGCUACGCAAUGUUUCUGCUGAACAAGUGCAUAGCUCAACUGAUGUUCGCUAGAGGAAUACCAGUGACGGACAUGCGGCCUACACUGGCCAAUCUGAAGAGGCUGUUGAUCACGCCGAGCGAUGUUUCCGAAAGCGCAAAGCUGUUCGGCUCACACAAGCACCUAGACGACGACUGCUGCAGGACGCAGAGUCUGCGCAGCCUCGUCGCGUCAGAGAGGGGCAAGCAGGGCCGGCAGUUCAACCGGUUCAAGCACGGAGGCGAUGCCACGUCUCCACAGGCGCUCUCAUCUCUUCGGAAGCAUUCUAGAAGUGUCGGCAGUUAUCAAGACGAUAAUGAUUUAUCAGUGUUCGCCGCCUCUUCAACAUCGAUAAUGGGCAGUGAACCCAACAUUUACAACGUCAAAAUGACACCUCCUAGCUCAAACCACACGCCUACAACGAAACAAAACUCCGAAAACGAACUCUCGGGCUUCGGUGAUAAAGUCAUUUUCACUUUGGGCGACGACACAGAUGCUGAAAGCAAACUUGUCAGGAUAUCGUCCAAUAAUGAUGAUGGGGAUACGAAAUGUCUUGAUGACAAUGUCAAAAUUAUAUGCUCAGAGAUAGAAAACUAUUGUACCAGUUUGGGAGAUCCUAAAGAUAUUCCUAUAGAAGAGCAUAUAGAUAUAGUGAAAUAUAUGGAGAGUAGGAGCAAUAGUUUGGAAGAAAAUGUUAAAAUGUGUGAUGCGUGUGAGGAGAAUGAUACAGAUUUGUGUGAGGAUGAGAUGUGUGCCAAAAAUGCUGUAGAGGAAUUGAUCGUUAUACCGAGUGCAGAGGCGGUGUUAAGUCCGGAAUAUGCUUUAAGUGAAGGUGAUAGGGGUCAGAAUUGAUUCGCAAGUGAAACGUUUGAGGGAGAUGGAUUUUGCAGAGGUAUAUUGGUGUAAUCGGAGGUUCUUGGUUCGAUUCCUAGCGAAGAUAUUUAUGUUUGGUCGUUGUUGUCGAAUAUUCAUGAACAACAUACAAUGAUAUAGGCCUUCCCUCUAUUGCAUUUUAAGUAAGUAUAAUAAUAGCUACUGGUAAGUGAGUGCAUUAAUACACCUCUGCUUACUCUGAUAAAAUGGGUACUACAUCAGUUUGAAACGGAUGGGAAUGUAGAUGGCACCACCAGCGCAAGUAUCUCAAAGCUCUGUUAUGAUUGGUUGAUUCUGAAGCCAUUGCGAUCUAAAAAUAUAUCUGAUUGGCCAUGAAAAAACUGAUGAAGUUUCAUUGACCAAUCACGCAACACCUUUUUGACAGAUGUCAAACUGUUUUUUUUAGAUAAUUUAAGAUGCUGCGAUAUCUGUUUGUAAAUUAUAUUUAUAAAUAUGGGGUUAAUAUUCUAAAUAUAAAUACUUUAAAUGUAUAGUAUAUUAUUUGUAAUGUAUAAAAUAAAUUAAGAAAUUCGGGUCACAAGUUUAGUGAGACAAGUAAUUUAUUUUGUAAAAUUCGUAAUUAAUUAGUAGUUAAUUAAAACAACGAUAUUUAUUUAGCUACUCGUCAAAAUGACAUUAAGAUUGUGUAAAUAAUCAAAUAAGUAAAUUAUGGUUUAAUCAAGGUUAUAAUGGUUACUUGAUGUAAUUCAAUUUUGUUUCUACUACUUAUAAUAAUGUUUAUGAUACAAUAAAUAUGUUUUGGCUUU